AUGAAAUUAUUAAAACGUUAAUAUUAAAAUUUGUUAAAGUAUAUAUGUGGAUAAAUAUAAUUAUUUACUUUUAUUAACAACUGAGAAUAAAGCAUAUAUGUGUUUUUGUUGUGACACAUGUUAUAAUGUAUUGUAUACAUUAUAAUGCGUAUAUUAAUAUAUACUUAUAAUAUCCUGCCAUAUUAUAUGUAACGUUAUUCUUAAUUCAUUUUACAUUCUGAAACAUUAUGAAAAGUACAAAAAAUAUAGCCCGCAACUCUGCUCAUGAUUUAUAGAUAUACUAAAUAUAUGCAGUAUAUUAUAAUUCUAGUAAUUUAUGUAUUUCUACCUGUUUAAUAUGUGUAAAAUAUUGUUUAAGCUUAUAAAAUUAAACUACAAAGAUACUUGCAUACUCCUUUUACACCGUAUAUUGCUUUGUAAAAUCUUAAAAAAGAUUUAGAAGUACACACACUAAUAAAAAUUAAGUUUUUUAGAAACGCAUGCGUCUCAUUAUUCUUUUCUAAUAUAUUACAAAUAAUAAUCGGACGAGAACGACUAACAGAAAGAAAUGUUGAAAUUGCAGUCCACAGAGAUUCGUGACAGAAUCAUGAUUUAAUGCUGCCUACAUCCGUAAUCACGAAUUUUUAUACCGUUCCCGAUUGCUGUACUCAAUUCGCGCUAUCGCACCUGUACGCUUUAAUAAAAGUCAUUUACAAUCGCGCACGUACAACAGAUUCAAACAAUACUUUUUACAUAUGCCUUCAACAUCGUCGACAGUACGAUCGAAUCAGCUCUCGGCACGAAGAAUGUGGCUCUACUACGGUAUACUGACCUAUCUAUUCGGAUUUCUCCUUGCAAAAUCGUUCGACGAUGCCGGGAGAUAUUCCUCGUUUUUGGAAAGAAAACUGACGUUAAAAUUAAAAACGGCAGCACGGCUGAAGCACAAUCUCGGAAAAGUUCUUCACGAGUUGCCAAUACAGAGUUACGAGAUGCACCACUCCGUAAAGAUCGUCGAGGAUUAUUUAAAAAACGGCGGUUCGCUGCUCGAAUGCCUCGAUGUCUUACCUUCUGUAACGUACGCGCCCAUCGCGGAGCAGAUAGACAGUAUUCUUGGGUCCAUGGAGAAUCACUUGCCCGUGUACCUGCUGCCGGUGAUAUCCUUGAUACGGCGAUCGCUGUCGGAAGGUCUUUUGGACGUCAAUGAGAUCUACAGACCCACUUUUGGACCGCCGAAGGCUGACCCGCUGGAGAAGAUCACUGCGAGAGAGGUGAAGGAAGCGGCCUCGCCUCUGACCUACCGCGCGCCAGUCAAGGACCUCGGAGGACCCUGGCCGAAGAUCGUCGGCGAGACGGCGACUUUGAUCCACGACCAAGUCAUCCCUCCGCGUUCUCAGCUGAUCGCUUAUAUACUGGCGAAUCUACGGAUACCGGACGCGACGGCGGAGGUGAGAGAAUCGGUCGUGCUUCUCGUCGAGCAUCUGCAAACGCGCGGCAAGCGCGAAUUGACCGGCUUCAGCGUGUCCUCCGAUCCGUACGCGCUGGUCGCCAACGCCGUCGCGAGUCUACCCCUGCAGAACGAGAUGUUGACAGCCGCCAACGUGUUGCUGCCAUUCUUGCGUGGGCCCUCGGAGUGUCGAGGAUCCGCCGAAUUCGCCGAUUUCUUUCAGAACGACGUUCUGAACUACACUCUGCUGAUAUCUCGGGAUAGGACGAUCUCCAAGUCGAAAGACGGCAUCGCGUUUCUGUCUACGAUCCAGCAGAACAAUACGGAUGUACGGGAUGUCAUAGAGCAAUUCUCGCCCUUCGAGUACACGCUCUGGAAAGAUCUGUUGCUGGCUUUCGUCAGCCAGCUCAGGCGUCAGCAGACUCAUCGGGGCGAAAUGUCGAACGUCAUAGACAGCGUCUACGGUGAGCUGAUUUUGAAAAAUGGCCGAAAGCGUUGGCAACUUCUGAGGAAUUCCAUUAUUGCCGCACCGCUUCUCUCCGCGAUAGCCAGAAGAGAGAACUCCGUCAGGAUUCGAAGACUCCUUAUUGACGUGGCUACGGACCGAACGGUGAAGCCGGAAGUCUGGCAGAAGGCACUUGCUUUCGCUUCUUCGGAGAACAUCAGCGGGCCGAUGAACGCCGCGCUGAAAACGCUGAAGGCUCUGCUAACUUCGGGUCUUCUUCCGUACGGCGUUCUGUCGAUGAAUGUCGCCGAGCUGAUAACCACGUUCGGCAACAGAAUCGAUCAAGGCCAGGCCGAAUGCGCCAGUCGACUGGAAACGUACUUGGCUAAUUUUACUCAAGUGGAAAUCGAAAGCGGGAGAAAGAUGGCGAUCGGCGACGUCGACGUCAAGGAUCUUCUUCAGGCUUUGCCGAACUUAGACAUCUACACGGACGAAUACAGAAUCUUGGAGAGCUUUCUGUCGCACGACGACUUGGAGAAGAAGAUAGGGCAAGUUGAUUUGAAUGCCCAUCCCACCAGGGGUAGAUUGCUAGCUCAGUUGUUGCAGAUGAUAGAACGUGCCGGCGGUGUCGACGAUAAUCUACGUCGUUUAGCCGAACAAUUUGCUGACAAUGUGGCUUACCAUGGCUACGGCGCUGGUGCUUUGUCGUACCGUAGUUAGUACGAUAAUGAACACAUUUUUGCGCUCUUUCGAUCGAGUAAAUUAUACUUGAUAAUUGCAUCGUUCUCGUUUAGAACAGAUAUUCAAGUAUUUGUAUUGGUUUAUUAAUAAAAUCUGAUUGCAAAAGAUUCUCAAAAAUAGAAAAAUAUUCAAAAAAA